AUGAGAGCCCCGUGGCCCGUCCUGAUUCUCGCCGUGAUCCUGGACCCGUUGUUGCUCCUAGGGGAGGCGGUAUGUCACCGUAAUGACACCAACUUAAGUGCCGCUGGCCAAAGGUCAGAAGAGACUCCGCACAGACGUAGACGGGAGCUCACUUUUCCAAAGGGAAGCGCCUUCGUGAUGACCCUGAGCCUUCUAAAGGCUAUUCAGCUUAAUGAGCCUAAAACCUGGAACUUAGAUCUGGAAUUCGAUACGAUAUGGCCUAUACCUAGCCAGGAAGAUUUGAGGAAAGCCUUGAACAGAAGACCAUCUAAACUAAAACGGCGACAUAGACGCGAGCUCUACGCCAAUUUGGAAUUAGCGUUAAAUAGUCAAAACUUGCCCGGACGAUUAUGCAUUCUGCGUACAAUUUGUGAAGCGGAAACGGUACUAAGUCCUCCAGGAUUUUCAAUUAUCGAGGAUGCCAUACGAAUUAUUUUAAGGAAUUUCGAGGAUGCUGAUAAUUACGACUGCUAUGACGUCGCGUAUCGAACGAAAAGUGACUGUGAGCUUGUUUAUCCUUGUCCAUUUUCGCUAUUGAAAUUUUUGUUAUACAAUUUAUAUACAGAAGAGGACGUGAGAGAGAUAGCCGAUUAAAAAGUCAGAUUGAUAACAAAACUCUGUAUAAACUGUAUAGCGUUACGUCCAUUAGAAGAAUUUAUAUUUAAUUAGCGCAGUUUUUGUUAUAGGCAAAAAAUCUGUGAUAUUCCCGAUAUUAUUGCGCGAAUAAAUACCUAAAAU